AUGUUGUUGCGCCACCUGAGACUGCAAGGCAUUGUGCCAUAUGCCAAAGCCGAGGUUUUGCAGCAAGAUCUGGUCAGAAAAUUUCUAGCCCACAAGGCCUCGCCUGCAACAAUCCCUGCUCCAGUUCCAACCAUCAUCACUGCCCAAUUCUCGCCCGUCUAUACAUGCGGUCGACGUGAAGUCGGCACCGUCUCGGCCGAACAACAGUCUUAUCUGAAGGACAAUGGCAAUGCUGAGUUCUACGAAGCCCUCCGUGGUGGCCAAACCACUUUCCACGGCCCUGGUCAACUUGUUGCAUAUCCCAUUAUCGAUCUGAAGACACAUAAUCUGUCGCCAAGGAACUACGUCUGCCUUUUGGAAAAGACUCUGAUCAAAACUUGCGCUCAUUAUGGCAUCAAGGCCAUGACCACCGAAAAUCCUGGAGUUUGGACCACCCCAGACGACAAAAUAUCCGCAUUGGGUGUCCACUUGCGCAGGAACAUUACCAGCCACGGUGUUGGCCUCAACAUCAACACUGAUCUCAAAUGGUUCAGCCGUAUCGUUGCUUGUGGUCUUGAAGGCAAGCGAACCACCAGUUUUGAGAAUGAAGGCGUCCAUGGCCAAUCUGUUGACAAAGUCGCUGACAUUUUUGUCAACCAACUUGCCGAAUCCCUCCAUGGUAUCGAAGGUAUCCAAGAAGAGCUCGUGACCCAAGAGGUCGAUUAA